AUGACCUCUCCAAAGGUUCCACAGGGUCUUGGCCUCAAUCUAAAGCCAAUCCAGUCUGUCGACAUCAUCACGGGUAUCAUAAAGAAAGAGCCGGUUGGCCUACCGGAGACACUGUGGAACCUUCUGCGCGGGUCUGUAUCAAUUAGAACAGCAGACGAGCAGCGCGUCCAUAUGUUCCGCAACGCCACGACCUCCACACUACCGGACAGCUGGUUUGGUCAUACGGUCCUCAGAGCUUUGAGGGCCUCCUUGGCUCUUUGCUCGUAUCCAACACAGAUCAAGAUUGUUCACAACGACAGCAAGAUUGAAAUGCUGGUCGACCUUAAACGUCGGACUGUCAUGGUAGACCAGCACUUCUUCGACGUCAGCAAGGUACAUGGACGGACCUGCCGGCCUGGCGCAAGUGUGCUGGUCAAUGGGCCCUUUUUAUGCGAUUACGCCGUUGAGGAGCUUUUCGCGGCCGCACAGGAUGGGCUAUCAAAAUAUAACCCACCCAUAAUCACUCAUGAGCGUCGACGUUGA